GGAGAGUAAAACCAAAUGUUCUUGAUCCUUCAGGGAAAGCAGCCGUUCCUCCUGCACCUGCUGUCACUUUACAAAGUCUUCUGUCCUGAGCUGGUGAUGCUCUCCAUCCCAUCCAGGAUGAGGAGCGGGUUCAGGAACCACGUUUCACCCUGGAAGUCGGCGCUGAAUGCCGUCCAGAAGAGGAACGGUUUGCAGGCUGCAUCCAGCGUGGGCGUGGCCCUGACCACCAAAGAGAAAAGCAGCUUGAGGAAAAGG